AUGAAAUAACUUUUAGUAGAUGAUAAUAAUUUACAUGAAUGUUUAAAAUGUAAAAUGAAUUUUCCUGGAAAAGAGAUGUUACAGCAUGAAAAACAAUGUAAGGAAUAAAAUCAAAACAAAUAAUAUCGAAACAAUUUCAAUUAAGAUUAGGAAUAUCAUGCACUAAAUAAAAAUUAAAUCAACAACUAAAAUUUUCAAUAAUAAAAUAUAAAUAUGCAAAAUUCUAAUUAUCAAAACCCUAAUUCAAAUUUUUCAAUUAGAUGUGAGUUCUGUGAUCAAAAUAUUCCUUACUUAUAGCAUACAUAACACUUAUAAAUGUGUGAGGCAAAAGCAGAAACAGAUAAAAUAAAAUAAGCAGAACUUCCUUUUCUAAUAUAAUGUGAUAAAUAAAAGGAAGAUGAUAAAAAAAUAAUUGAAAUUUUAUCCCAAUAUUUUUAGAUAAUAGAAUAAUAUGGAUAUAUUUUAUAGAAAGGGGAUGAGUUAGUAAAAGCAGCAAAUCUAUCAAUCGAACCAUUUACAAAAGUUUUUUAACAAAAAAUAUGUAGAUUUUGUUAAUAGAGCUUUAAAUUGGAUGAAGAAAUUGUAAUUAUGAAAUGCUGUAUGUAUCAAUACCAUCAAAAAUGUUUUGCAUAAAACAUAAUUAAUAAGAGUAAAAAUUGUGAAUGUGGCAAAUAAAUUAUAGAUUGA